CUCGUGGGUGACGAAUUACAUAAAUAUUUUACGAGCGCUGACUUACCCCUCUUGACGUUUUGACAGUUUGUCUGUUUGUUUUUCUCCCUCACCUUGCGACGUCGUUUCGGUUUGUUUUGGCAGGAACUGGAAAUGCUUUUUUUUGCUAUCAAACUUUGGACAUGGCUCACCGAGCUAAGGUUGAGUUGUCCGGUCAGUAUAUUGGCAAGUUCCAGUGCAAGAUAGGAUACGGUAAAGCUACUCCGACGACCAGAAUUUGGGUUGGUGGUCUUGGCGCAUGGACUUCGAUUACUCAGUUGGAGCGUGAGUUCGACCGUUUUGGUGCCAUCAAAAAGAUCGAAUAUAACAAAGGGGACACCCAGGCCUACAUUCUGUACGAUUCUAUUGAUGCUGCUACGACUGCUGUGAAGGGAAAGCGUGGAUUCCCGUUAGGGGCAACGGAUCGUCGUAUUCGUAUCGAUUUUGCUGAUAACGGAACAACACCAUCUCAAAGCGCAGUGGAGGUUUUGAGGAAGGCGGAGAAUAUCGCCGCGGCCCCGACUACGAAUAUCCGGAAGGCGGUGCAUCAUACGAGGAAAAUUCAUCGUACGGCUAUGGUGGAAGACCGUUCCGCGGCCGUGGAGAAUUCCGCGGACGUGGUGGUUUUCAUCGUGAUGGCCCACCGCACCACGGGGACAAUGAUGAAUGGCGUCGAUCAGGAGCAUAUUUGGCAAUUAUUCAUUGCCCUAUAGUCCAGGAGUCUAAAAUUCAGUUUCUUUUUUAUUUAAUUUAAAUUAUUCUUUGAUAUAAUUAAAAUUUAAUUUUUUUUUAUAGUUGAAUUAAAAUUGAUUUUAAUG